AUGGCUGAGGCUGCCGGCGGCCACACCACCAGUCUGCUCCGAUCAGAAGGCGGAGAAGCAGAAAAUCAGAAGAUAAGUAAAAGACCAAAAGAACCAUGGAGAGGAGAGUAUGUGAAGAGCAUUGUGUACGCUGGGCUUGAUGCCAUCGUCACUUGCUUCUCCCUCAUCUCCUCCAUGUCCGCCAGUCAUCUCUCCUCCGUUGAUGUAUUGGUGUUGGGAUUUGCGAACCUGGUGGCUGAUGGGAUAUCGAUGGGGUUCGGAGACUUUGUUUCAAGCGGCACCGAGAAGGACGCAGCGGUGAUGGAGAGGGUGGUGACUGAGUGGGAGGUCGCCAACCAGGGCGGGCCUCAGAAGACCCAGUUGAUCCGUCAUUACCAGGCCCUGGGGAUGGACCUUCAUGAUGCCACCACGGUGGUGAACAUUUUUUCCAAGUACAGAGACAUACUAGUAGACGAGAAGAUGACAGCCCAAAAAGGAAUGCUACCACCAGACGAAGCAGAGAAGCCCUGGAAGAGUGGCCUUGUCACAUUUGCCUCCUUUCUUGUAUUUGGCAGUGCCCCUCUCCUCUCCUUCAUCGUCCUCAUCCCCUUCACGCACAGUGAUACCGUCAAGUUUGUAGGAGCAUCGGUGCUUUCUGCUCUCGCCCUAGUCCUUCUUGGCAUAGCCAAGGCCAGGAUUGCUGGCCAGAACUAUGCAGUCUCUGCAGUUGUUACUUUUUUCAAUGGUGCCAUUGCAGCUGCUGCAGCUUAUAGCAUUGGGUGGACUCUUAGAAAGGUGGUUGGCCUACAAGACUGA